AUGAAAUUCGCUUUAAUUUUUGCCAUUUCGUUAUUAGUUUCUAUAAUAGAUUCAAAUCCAGCCCCAUUCCCCGAAUUGUCUCAUCAUGUAGAACAACCUGAUUAUCCAACUAUACCGAACGAAAUCCAAGUGCCAGAAGGAAACGACUUUAAAUUUUUACUUUACGCCUUGGGUUUAAACGUAUACGUUUGCAAUACUACUACUUCAGAAUGGGUUUUCACUCGCGCAAUUGAUACAACACUUAUCAAUGAUAUCACAAAGAAGGAGAUGUUUAUUACAAAAUAUGAAGUCGCCGAGCAUUUCUUUCUAGAAAAACCCGUAAAUGGUGGUUUGGCAAUUUGGAAAUCUUUGGCACCAGGUGAUGACUCUUAUGUGAUUACAUCGCUUGCCGCAGCAGUCACAUCACCUGAUGGCAUUGAUAAUGAUUAUUGGCUUUCACUGAAAGUAACCGCAACCGGGGGAUAUGGUGCAUUUGCUGAUAAUACAUAUAUCCUUCGUGUAAAUACUCAAAAAGGAAUGCCGCCUCCUGCUAAUGAAUGUGGGACGAAAUAUGAAAAUGGUGAUGAAAUCUUGAGUGAAUUUUUAUUUCAAUAUUGGUUUUAUCAUUAA